AUGCAACAGGAUCAUCUUCUCGAGCUAGAGCAGCUAAGCUCACCGCUAGCUUGGAAUAGUCAAGGGAUUCACAGCCCAAUCCUGGCAAACAAAAAGGCUGGCCAACACACAGUAGAUGACUGGGUCUCUGAAGACCGCUACGUAGACUCCUGCACUGUGCUGGAUACGUACGACUGGAAACCACUUCCCCCGCGGCCCCUUGAUCCGAACAGAGGUAGUCACCGCACGUCUGCAGAUUAUCCAUCCGAGCGUGUCAAUCACCACAAGCCUAAUGUAGUUUUUUCUUUGAAGUCCCAGCCCAAUCUCCAAAUUCAUUCAUGUUUCGGACGCUUGGCAGAGUCCAGUGUCAGCGAAGACCACGAUCAGAAAAACAAGCCUCUUCCUCUGGAGCCAUUCUACCCUCCUGCUGAUGACCGUCAAGCACCACUCGGGCCAGCGAAUGCCGACCGUUACCAUCGGCCCCGGCUAUCCUCAGCACAGCCUCAAAUCGCCGCUCAGAGCUUCCCUCGUCCAUCUCCCAAGCCCUUUCGCCAGCCAAGUUUGCCAAGCCCGGAGCAGCUGUCUGAGCAGAGACUGUUGUGCAUGUUCUUCGGAUUUGAUUUGAUGGGUCUGUCCCAUCUUCUCAACAAUGACAGGCUGCGUCGGGUUCGACAUUACUUGGCUUCACAGCCGCUCCCGGAUAUGAUGGUCGAUGGCGAGAGAUAUCCAACUGCCACAUGUGCUUGGUUAAGGAAUUUCAUUGUUGAUUCUCCGUAUCGGCUGAACCUUGAUCGAGGGCGACUGCGUGGCCUGAGGCUGGAUGACAAUGCCAGUCACAAUAUAAACCGGGGAUUCGGGCUUUUGUGGGACUUUGUGGAAGCAUGCGGUUCAAAAGCCAGGUGUGCAAUAAAUGAGGGGGGCAAUCUCGAUGCAGUAAACAAGGAGGACCAGCUCCGAUGGUUUCAGGUAAGUGUUCCCUAG